CUCCCUUUUUACAUUCCCCAUGGUGUCGUCGACGUUCGUCGAUUUCCGUUACUGUUCGUCAACAGGGAGUGUCUAGCGAUGUAGCGUUGCAUCGUGACUUCAUACUUGUGCUUUUAUUUAACGAAUUUUCUUAUUUUAUUAUCUGUUUAAUUUUGUCCCCUUCGAAAGCAUCAUUCGCCAUAGAUUCGCAAGAUUUAAGUGAAUACCACCUUGUUAUUCAUCUUUACAGCAAACCUUUCGAUUGGACGCCUCAAUUGCGUGCCGAAACUUGUGAACGAGACUGCACCUAUUAAUCAAGUGGUCAUCUACAAAGCGUGUCUGUUGAGAAAUAUGUUCUGUCAAUGCUGUUGUAUUCUCCGAAGUCACAUUCUAAUGUCGUAAUAUUCGCAAUCGGGAUUAGUAACACCUUACCUUGUGGAAAUUGUAAAAUGUCUGGUGUAUAGUUACAAGACAUUCGGAAUAAUGUUUCAUUUAUUAACCGUCACUGUAUUUUCACUAAUUCUCUCGCAUCCCGCACUCGCACAAAACAUCCUAUACGGGGAACAAGCCUACGAGUGUCCCCAACAUUGGACACGAUUUCAAGAAUCGUGCUAUCGUUUCGUCAAGAGUCCGCUAAGACUGCGGGACGAUGCGCGCAGAAAUUGCCAGGCGUUCCAGAGCGACUUGCUCGCUAUUAAUUCAAUUGAGGAGCAUGGGUUUAUACUCUACCAACUGUUGUGGCAGGAUCCGCAACAUCGCAAAUGGUACACCGGAGUAAAACUCCAGAGUGGCCUGUGGAUCAAUGAGGCUGAUAGUACAACGCUGUUGAACAUGGACAAUGCCUUUCUGCCCGAGCCUAAUGACAAUGUAAUAGGAAGGGAUUACUUAGCUUACUCCUAUUCCAAUAGUCUCCAGCGCUGGGGACUAGAGAAAGUCACCGGCAGAGAAGACUUGUUGUACAUUUGUGAAGCGUCUGUUGUCACUCUUCAUAAUUUAGUGGACGACGAUCGCACUUAUCAAUAUGGAGUUGAUAUUGAGAACCCCCUUCAAAUACCGAGAGGACCGUAUUUCAUAAAGCAACCCACCAGCAAGGUAUUCGAUGUGUCAAAAAGGAGAAUAAGCAACGACGUUUCGCUAAGUUGCUUGGCAGGAGGCUACCCUGCUCCUAAUUACGAAUGGUUUAAGGAAGAUUAUGAAAACGACAGACUUAUUGCAACGAAAAUAGAUCCUCUUUCAAAUACCAGAUACACCGUGAGCGGUGGAACUUUAAUCAUUUAUGAGCCAGAACAGACACAAGAUCGUGGUACGUAUCAUUGCAAGGCAAUCAAUGAAUUUGGCACGAUUAUCUCUGAGAGCGUUGAACUGUCAUUUGGAUACAUCUUGGAGUUUAAUUUGAAACGUUCUGAGGAGCGCGGAGAUAAUCAUUGGGGCAAAGUAGUUUACUGCGAUCCCCCGCAGCAUUUUCCAGGUGUCAAAUAUUAUUGGGCACGCGAUUACUUUCCCAAUUUGGUUGAGGAGGACAAACGUGUGUUUGUCUCGCAUGACGGGGCGCUUUACUUCUCUGCAUUGGAAACAAUCGAUCGAGGAAAUUAUUCAUGCAAUGUUAAGAGCGUUGCAUCUGAUACCGGACGUAACGGGCCAUUCUUCCCACUAAAAGUGGACAUGCACUCCUCCUUCCAGCAGUUAAAAUUUCCUAAUAAUUUUCCAAAAUCAUUUCCGGAAGCGCCAGUAGCUGGAGAAGAAGUACGAUUAGAAUGCAUCGCAUUUGGAUAUCCUGUCCCUUCGUACAAUUGGACAAGAAGGGGUUCUGUUCUGCCGCGUGGAGCAUACACGACAAAUUACAAUCGGGUAUUGAUAAUACCACAUGUACGAGUAGAGGAUCAAGGCGAAUAUGUUUGCCGAGUGCAUAACGACAGAUCAUCUAUUGAAAAUUCCAUGCGAUUGACCAUACAAGCGGCGCCUAAUUUCACCAUACCUUUAAUCGACAAGCACAUGGAUAAUCGGGCGGAUUUAAUUUGGACUUGCGAAGCGUUUGGGAUACCGGAUGUAACCUACAGUUGGUUUAGAAAUGGAGAAUUGUUGGAUACGUAUACUCUACCGCCUGAAGAUAGAGAUCGUUAUACUAUACAAGAUAAUGUGCUAAACAUACGACGUUUGGAUCCUGAAAGAGACCAGGCCAUGUAUCAGUGCCGCGCUAAAAAUCAGUUAAAAACAACGUACUCAUCAGCUCAGCUUAGGGUGUUGUCAUUGAAACCUUCCUUCAAAAAACGGCCUAUGGAAUCUGAGACAUAUGCGGCUGAAGGUGGUAACGUCACAAUUGUAUGCAAACCCGAAGCUGCGCCCAGGCCAAAAUUUACUUGGAAGAAAGAUGGGAAUUUAAUUGGAUCGGGCGGUAGACGGAUAAUUCUUGAAGGUGGAAAUCUCAUUAUCAGUCCAGUAUCGCGAGACGAUGAGGGAACAUACAUAUGUACUGCAAAAAAUCAAUAUGGCAGUGAUGAAACUCGCGGUCGAUUAAUCGUACUACGUGGACCACAAUUUAUUCAAAGACUGCCGCCACUGAUAGUUCUGGACUACAAUUCAAAUCUGACAUUGCGCUGUUUAGUCCAAUCAGACGAAAUGUUGGACGUAGCAUAUAUUUGGACGCAUAAUGGUAUGCGCAUCCGUAAUAAGGAUAUGCAGAAUAAUCCGCGAUUACGUAUCGGUGGUGAAUAUCUGGAUAUCAUAAAUGCCACAUUUACUGAAGCCGGCGAGUAUGAAUGUAUCUUGAGAAGCGCUGUCGGCGAAAUAUCGAGCAGGCUUACUUUGAUCGUGCAGGGACCACCGGGGCCACCUGGUGGAGUGCAGGUUAUAAAUAUCGGCAAAACUUCAACCACAUUACGGUGGACCAACGGUGCCCUGAACGGCAAACCGAUAACUAUGUAUACAAUCAGCGCGCGAACAAAUUGGAAUCGCACAUGGUUUCCUCUUGUAGAAAAUAUUACGGCUGUCGAGAUGGAUAGGUAUAACGGCCGAAAAGAGGCAUAUCUAGAAAAUAUUUUAAAUCCAUAUUCCACGUACGAGUUCCGCGUGCUUGCCUUUAAUGAAUUUGGUUACGGCCCACCAUCAACUCCCUCACCUCAAUACAACACUCCGCCCGACAAACCUAUGAAAGCACCAUCCAAUAUCAGUGGUGGUGGAGGAAAAAUCGGAGAUCUUACAAUUACAUGGGAUCCUCUCAGUCAGUCUGAUCAGAACGGUCCUGGAGUAUAUUAUAAGAUAUUCUGGCGUCGCAAAGGACAUGACACAGAGUUUCAGUCGUUGUCCUUAAAAGAACAUGGCAACAUUGGUAGCAAUGUCGUAUCGAUCCAAUCCAGUUAUUAUUACACGGAAUACGAAGUGAAAGUACAAGCGAUGAAUUCAAUGGGCGAGGGUCCAGUAUCUGAAAUUAAGACGGUGUACAGCGCAGAGGACAUGCCGCAGGUUGCGCCACAACAAGUGUUCGCCAUGAGCUACAAUAGUACCAGCUUGAAGGUCAGCUGGCUACCGAUUGAACAGACUCGUGAACGAGUGCGAGGCAAACUCAUCGGUCACAGAAUCAAGUAUUGGAAAGAGAGUAACCGCGAGGAGGAUGCUACUUAUUAUUUGUCACGUACCACCCGCCCUUGGUCACUAGUCGUUGGACUGCAGCCAGAUACAUAUUAUUACGUGAAGGUAAUGGCCUAUAACUCCGCUGGAGAAGGUCCCGAGAGCGAACGGUACCUGGAGCGAACUUAUCGUAAGGCACCGCAGAAACCGCCUUCAUCGGUGAAUGUAUAUGGUGUAAACCCGUCAACGGUGAGAGUAGUCUGGCGUUACGUACAACCGAGUUUGGAGGAAGAGCCGCUGAUCGGAUACAAAAUACGUGUAUGGGAGGUUGAUCAAGACAUGAGUACAGCAAACGAUACAAUCAUACCAGGUGGUUCCAAGCUUGAAGCUGACAUCAAGAAUCUGAGUCCAGGCAAAGCAUACCAUCUAAGAGUGCUUGCAUUCAGCAACGGCGGCGACGGCCGGAUGUCUAGUCCUACCCAUACGUUCCAAAUGGGCGACGCCGCAGCCUUCAGGAAUAGCGCUGGAAACAAGACCUUAGAUGUCGUUCUGGGAAUAGUUUUCUUGAUGCUUGUACGAAUCUGCAGCUAUGUAUAGUAUAGAAUAACCCUUGGUAAGUAAAGAUUAUAAUGGUUGAUAGCUAUCAUUUUGUACGGUCUUUUUAAACAGGAAAGCUAAACGAUUUAAUGGAACUAAAACAAAUAUUAAAUAAUAUUUAAUGAGAUGUUCUAAGGCCUUUAUACCUAAUGAAGUAAUCUUAUGAUGUUGGAUUAAUUUUUGAUACACCAAAAUAUUACUACGUCACUAGUGCUACUUAAUGAUAUAGACGCUUCUGUGUUCUCAACGUUUUAACAUUGAUAUAACUCAGCAAUUAAGUACUUCCAUAAAUUUUAAAAAGAAUCAUGUUUCUAUAAGAAGACUAAAACUGUUCAUUUGUUUCCAAUGCCGUGCAGAAUAAUAUACAAUAAGUUAAAUUUUUAUUCUAUAAGCUAAAAGAAUACUCUAUUUAUCUAUAUAUAAU